AUGAACAAAAUUCCCAAACGAUUCGAACAAUACUUCAAGUAUGCAGUCGGCUUUAGAUGCAAAGUAGUCCCACCUCCCAAGACCACGUCUGAGCUGCAAUUCAUUGUUCAAAAUUUGCGAAAGCUCGCCUCGGUUGACUUUUUAAAGUCUACAAAUUUGAACCUGGAGGACAUUAUUGAAAAUGGCUAUCAACUCGAUAUCCUAUUUAACCCGGUACAUACAAAGAGCUUGUUUCUGCCUGUAUCAGUGAGCGACGAACCUGAUCAGAUAAACACACUGCAUUCGCGAAAUAUUGCUGCUCGAGAUAAACUUGUCAAACAAUUGGAGAAUUUGAUUGCAAUACCAAGGUACUUGUAUGUGCAGAACGACGAAAAGUUUCUCAAUAACGAACGUCAGAUCCAAUUUACACACAAGUUGCAUGAAAGAAACCUAGAUCUCGCCGGGAAGUACGAUUUGUCGUUGGCUUCAUUGGAUAACCCAUUGAUAUCCAUAACCCAAUGCGACGACAAGGUGAAAGGUUUCAGCCUACGAGCGGCAAUCAGAAGUGAUGUACAGCAUUUCCACAAAUUUCAAAACAUAGAGAUUCACAAAAACCAUCGAUACAUUUUAAAUCAACUUGAAUCAAAUUCAUUCUGA